AUGAGUCAGUUUACACAUGACACAGACAACAGUGCUCCUAAACGUCAUCAGCAUCACGAACCCGUCCUGGAGUACACCUCAAAUGAUGAAGUUGCGGUUAUUUCUGUCAAUGGGUGCAAGUACCGUCGCAGUGUCUGUGUUAUCAUAAUGAAUGAUAAAGGGUUGUUUUUGGGGUGCCGGCGUUGCGAUAAUAAACGAGUUCUGCAGUUUGUUCAGGGAGGUGCACGGCGGCAUGAGAGUCCUCAGCAGACUGCAGAGCGAGAGCUGUUUGAGGAGAUUGGACUCCCCGCAACAUAUCUUCGCUACGCUGGGGAAAUUUUGCCUGUCACGAGCGGAGACGAGGUCCGGGCUGCUUUUCGCUACACAUCCAAAUCGUGGUGGAAAAGGGGCUUCACGGGACAAGAGCUGUACCCGCUUCUUUACCUCGCAGAGACUGAGGUGAUUGAUAAAUUGCACUUCAGGGCCAUUCCAGGGGUGCGACAAGAGUUCUGCGGGGCCAUGUGGAUGAAGCUUGAGGAGUUUGUGCGGUACUGCCAGCCUUGUAAGGCAACCGCGGUGUCAAACAUAUGCACAGCAGUGGUAUCGUUUGCGCAUUUAGGUUUCACCAAUGCAGCUGGGUCGUCUCUCUCUGAAGUGGACGCCCCACAAGGAGAAAAUGUUAGAGAUAAGGAGACCACGCCUAUCAAAAAAAGACACUGGCAGCGGUUGCAGACCCAACAAUAA